UCUGUCAAUAACAUAAAAACACAUUGUGAGUUUUACACACCGGAUUCUAUUCACGUUGAAUAAAAAGAAAUUAUUUUAAAAAUUAGUUGCGAAUCGUUGUGUCUAAAAAUGUCGAAAAGUGAUAGUGAUGAUGAGCCAAUGUCCACUGAGCCCGUGGACAAUGCUUGGUCGUUGAAAUUGCCCGAGUUUAAGCAGGAACACAAUCCGAAUGGUUUGUUGGAAGAGAGCUCAUUUGCCACAUUGUUUCCGAAGUAUCGCGAAAAAUACCUGAAGGAAUAUUGGCCGUUGGUGCAAAAAACACUGGCCGAGCAUUUCAUCAAAGCUGAACUGGAUUUGAUCGAAGGUAGCAUGUCAGUGAAAACGACAAGAAAGACAUGGGAUCCGUAUAUUAUUAUCAAAGCAAAAGAUAUGAUUAAAUUAAUGGCUCGGUCGGUGCCUUAUGAGCAGGCAAAACGUGUGUUGGAAGAUGAAAUCGGUUGUGAUAUCAUCAAAAUUGGCAAUUUGGUGUCGAAAAAGGAGAAAUUCGUAAAACGUCGUCAACGGUUGAUUGGUCCAAACGGAGCCACAUUGAAAUCGAUUGAAUUGUUGACCGAUUGCUAUGUUUUGGUACAAGGAACCACCGUGUCCGCACUCGGUCCAUAUAGAGGCCUGCAGCAAGUGCGUCAAAUCGUUAUUGAUACCAUGGAAAAUGUGCAUCCAAUUUACAAUAUCAAAGCACUGAUGAUCAAACGGGAGCUGGCCAAAGAUCCAAUGCUAAAGGAUGAAGAUUGGUCUCGAUUUUUACCCAAAUUCAAGAAUAAGAACAUUAGCAAACGCAAACAACCGAAAGUUAGGAAGGUUAAAAAGGAAUACACACCAUUCCCGCCGCCAAUGCCGCUUAGCAAAAUCGAUAUGCAGAUGGAAUCCGGAGAGUUCUUCCUCAAGGAGCAUGAGAAGAAAGCCAAACAAAAUAAAGAGCGACGACAGAAACAAGCCGAAGCGGCUAAAGCACAAACCGAACGCAGAAACAAAGACUUUAUUGCACCGGAUGAAUCAAUGCCAUCGACCAGCAAAGCAACUGCCACCUCGAUUGAUGUUAAAUCACUUAAAGCGAAAAUUAAAAAGGCCACGAAAAAUAAAUAAGUUUUUAGUGUUUAAUCAUAUCUCUGUAACUACUUUUUUCGUAUAAAGAAAAUCUAUUGAAAAUUUUGAGAAAUAAUAAAAAAAAAAUCGCAGCAUUUUUUUUUUCUUGAUAAC